AUGUCUGGGGCCGAGGCCCUGGGCUCCCGGAGACCCGAAGGCACUGGGACAUGCAUGGGGGAUGUCCCCUCCCUUAAAGAAAUUGAGCAGCUCCUCAACACUGGGCGGCCUUCUUGCAACCAUGUCGAUGAAGUAUGGCCUAAUCUCUUCUUAGGGGACCUAGUAACAGCUCACAACAGAUUUGUUUUGUGGAAGAUGGGUGUGACCCACGUUUUGAAUGCUGCCCAUGGUACAGCAUACAGCCAUGGAGGCCAGGACUUCUACGGAGCGACCAUUGAUUAUUAUGGUGUACCAGCCCAUGACCUCCCAAGCUUUGAUAUAAGCCAGUUCUUUUUCUCUGCGGCACAGUUUAUCCACAAUGCCUUGAACACACCAGGAGCUAAAAUUUUGGUACAUUGUGCAGUUGGAGUAAGCAGGUCAGCUACCCUAGUCCUAGCCUAUCUCAUGAUAAAUCACCACCUCCCAUUGGUUGAAGCCAUCAAAACAGUGAAGGAACAUCGAUGGAUUUCACCCAAUCGUGGCUUUCUGAAGCACCUGCAAAAUUUGGAUGUUCAGCUACGGCAAAAGAAGGACUGCUGA